AUGUCAGUAGAUAUGAGUGGCACGGGUGAAAUGAAGGCGAGAUUUUUCGAGAAAUUACAGAGUAUGCAGAAACCAAUAAAUUCUUUUUACAUUCCAUCGAUAGAGAAGUACGAGGCAUUGAUUGAAGAAGUUGAAGAUGCCAAGCAAGUUUACAAAAAAACAGCUCUUCAAUACCGACCUCUUAAACGUUACGAUGUGUUACUUGUUGGGGGCUUAAAAAGUUAA